AUGAUGCAACAGUUGUUGCAGGGUCAGCAGGUUCAGGCCAAAGCGUUGAAUCAGGUAACCACAGAAAUGGACACCAGGAUGGCUGAGAGUGUCAAGAGGCAACAAGGGACGCUCCCUGGAAAAACUGAUAAAAAUCCUAGGACUGAGCACUGUAAUGCAAUAGAGCAGCCGUUCAGUGAGACUGCUCCAGGCGCAGAAGAGAGAGCAGAGCAGCCUACUAGCUCUGCAGUAACUGCUCCCGACGAAUCUGUUGAGACUCCACCAUCUCGAGUCUAUGUUCCCAAGGUUCCCUAUCCAAUUCCACCUAGACAUCUGAUGGAUCCCAUUAGUGAAGAGCAGCUGAUAGGUUUUAACAAGAUGGUGAGAAAGCUUCCUCAAGAACAUACAUUCGAAGAUGCUCUGCAGAUUCGUCCAUUGCUCAAGUUCUUUAAAAACUGUAGAGAGACUCAAGAGGAGAUCAAGGUCCUCUAUACCAAAGCAAUGUCUACACCAGCACUGAAGGUAUUGCCUAAGGUUGAUGAUCCUGGAAAGUUUGUUUUCCCAUGUUCCAUCGCAGGAACAACCUUCAAGGACGCUCAUUGUGACUCUGGUUCUUGUGUGAAUCUCGUCUCAAAGGCUAGUGUAGACGAUUUGGGUAUUGCUGAUGUUGAGCAUUCUCAGCUGACCCUGACCUUUACAAACUCUUCCAGAGCAGUCCCAUAUGGAACCAUCCGCAGGUGA